AUUACUCCGUAUCACAUAUAAUUGGAGAUAAAUAAAGUGAAAAUUAAAAUACCGCUUUUUGUUUCUCUCCAUAAAAAUAAAAAACUAAUUAAAAAUAAUAGGGGUUAGGAAAGGAAGAAAUUAAAGUCGUCUAGUUUUGGAAGACUAAUAGAAAGAAAACCACUCUCCCAAAAAAUAAAAAUAACAUAUUAUUAUUAUUAUUAUAACAAACUCCUCCCAAAAAUUAAUUUCCAUAGGAAAUAAACAAGAGAAGAAGAAGAGGAAGUUGUCCUUUAUCAUCUUGAGCAUUCAUUUCAAUCCCAGCUUUUUUUCCCUUAUAUCCUCCUCAUCACUAUUUCCAAUUAAACACAACCGACUCUCUCUCCUCUCUCUUUCUCUCUCUCUCUAAUUUGUUCUUUCUCUCCAUGGGUUUCCUAGGAGAGGUGGAAGCAGCAACAGCCGCGGCGGCCACGCAGCAAGAGAUGAAACACCACCUGUUUACUUCUGGUGGUGUUGCUCAUCCUUUCAUGGCCACGAGCACGACUGCGGCUGCUGCUACUGCUCCUCAUGGUAUUAAUAGUAGUACCAACAACAACAAUAAUAAUAAUAAUAAUAAUAGUAAAAAUAUUAAUAGUAAUGAAUCAUCUCAUUUGGAUUUACAACAAUUCUCUCUCCUUCAUCAUCACCACCACCAACAACAACAGCAGCCGCAACAUCAUCAGCAACAACAUCAUCAGCAACAUCAUCAGAAUAUUUCAUUCAACAUGAUGCAAUCGUCUCCAUCAUCUUCUUCCCUUCCUGGGAAUAAUUUCAUAGGCACGGGAAAAGAACACAAUAGUUCUACUGGAGCGUACGACUUAGGCGAGCUAGAUCAAGCUCUCUUCCUUUACCUUGACGGCCAAACAGAUCAUGAACAACAACGACAAACUCACAACUCGUCAUCAACCUCACCGCCUAGCAGAGGUGGACUUGGAGGCGGCGGUGGAGGUGGAGGAGGAGGAAUGAGACCGCCAACUCUAAACAUUUUUCCUUCUCAGCCUAUGCAUGUUGAGCCUUCUACCAAGCCGAGUCCUGGAGUACUAGGAGGAGGUGGUCAAUCAACGAGUGGCGGUACAAAGAGAGCAUCGGAGCAGCAGCCACCAAUUGAGUUGUCCAAUAAUAACAACAACAACAAUAAUAAUAAAUCGAAAAAUCAACACCAAGUACCCGCUGAACAAUCCAAGUCUAUCAAACGUGAAGGUAACCGCAAAGGUCCAACAUCAAGCUCGGAACAAGAAGGGCCGAAAACACCCGACCCUAAGACAUUAAGAAGACUUGCUCAAAAUAGAGAGGCAGCUAGGAAAAGCAGGCUUAGAAAAAAGGCUUAUGUUCAGCAGUUAGAAUCAAGUAGGAUAAGACUUGCUCAGUUAGAACAAGAACUUCAACGCGCCCGAGCACAAGGUAUAUUUUUCGGAGGAGGUGUAGCUGGAGGCGGAGGAACGGACCAAGGUGUCCCUCUUGGUGUUACCAACAUAAGCUCAGAUGCAGCAGUGUUUGACUUGGAAUACACAAGGUGGCUGGAAGAGCACCACCGGUUGACCUGCGAGCUCCGAGCAGCGGUACAAGAACAUAUAUCAGAGAACGAGCUCAAAAUGUACGUCGAUAAUUGCUUGGCACAUUACGAUGUGAUAAUGAAUCUCAAGGGCAUGGUGGCGAAAACCGACGUGUUCCACCUAGUUUCCGGUAUGUGGAAGACCCCGGCCGAGCGGUGUUUCAUGUGGAUGGGUGGUUUUCGCCCUUCGGAGGUCAUUAAGAUAAUAUUGCACCAAAUCGAGCCAUUGAGUGACCCACAAUUGAUGGGCAUAUGUGGGUUGCAACAAUCGACGCAUGAGGCCGAAGAGGCGCUAUCGCAAGGGCUAGAUGCACUGCAACAAUCUCUCUCGGACGUGAUCGCCUCCGAUGCCUUGAGUUGCCCUCCUAACAUGACCAAUUACAUGGGUCAGAUGGCUCUUGCCAUGAACAAGCUCUCUACGAUGGAGAACUUUGUAAGACAGGGAGAUAGUUUAAGGCACCAAACUUUUCACCGGUUGCAUCAAAUAUUGACAACGCGUCAAGCAGCGAGGUGUUUUCUGACGAUAGCUGAGUACUUCCACCGGCUUCGCGCACUAAGCUCCUUAUGGAUGGCUAGGCCAAGGCAAGAAUAGAUAGCAUGAACAACUCAAAGGAAGAAAGCUAGCUAGCUAGUGAUAGAAGAAAAUUUGCAAAAGUUUUUCAAUAUACUAUAUUUUCUAAUAAUAGUUAAUCAUGAUCAAUGUGCUUCCUCUUAAAGUUUAUGAGGUACCAAUUUCUAAGUAUAAUAUUGCUUAAUUAAA